AGCUGUCCUUCAGGGUGUGGAUGUGUGGUGGGAGCCUGGAGAUUCUGCCCUGCAGCAGGGUGGGACACGUCUUCAGGAAGCGACAUCCCUACGACUUCCCAGAGGGCAAUGCUCUCACAUACAUCAAGAACACACGUCGAGCAGCAGAGGUGUGGAUGGAUGAGUAUAAACAGUACUACUACUCAGCGAGGCCCUCAGCGCAGGGCAAGGCCUUUGGCAGCAUUGCGGAGCGUCUGACUCUGAGACGCAAACUGAACUGCAAGUCCUUCCGUUGGUAUAUGGAGAACGUUUACCCUGAACUAAGGAUCCCCGAGCAGGAUGCAGUGUCCAGUGUGUUGAGGCAGGGAGGACUGUGUCUGGAGAGCCUUGGUGCAGACAGCCUGGGUCUGGCAGAGUGUAGAGGCACUGGAGCGAUUAGGCCGCAGUCACAGAGAUGGCAGCUGGUGGAGCCUCUCCUACGCCAGCAGGACCUGUGUCUCGCCAUCACAGCUUUUACUGCCGGGUCAAAGGUCAAGAUGGAACCCUGCAGCAACAAGGAGCCCCGACAG